UUUUUUUUUUUUUACAACUUUAUCGGCCUAGUCACUAAUUUUGGGUAAUAUUGAAUAAAACAUUAAGUCCACUUUGUAAAUUUUAGUCAUUCUAAGUGGCAGAAAGGAGGAUUAUCACAGUCAAUAAUUUCCUCUAACUGAACUGCGCAUUUUAAUUGAAUCCUGUUGUAGAUGAUAUUUCAGGGCUUCUGACCAUCAGCGCUACAUACUCUUUAAUAAAAAUUUGAAUAUGUGUGGCGCUCAGAGCAUGAAUCAUAUUGAAUUUUAGUACUCUCACUCCCAUUGUUACUCUCACUCUCAUUGUUACUCUCACAUGUGCUCCAACACUGCCACCAGGCUAACAUUUGUACAUAAUAAAUAAGAAAAUCUAAUUUGGACAUUGAGUCAGUCUCCAUACACUUCCAUGUUAAAACGCCUCACAGCACUGGAAACAAUACUUAGUCUUGGAUAACUCAUCUGCCUAUAUGAUAAAUACAGUUAGAGGUGUGGCUGCUGUGACUGACAGGUGUUUGGGACACGGGUAGGCGGAGCUAGGCCUCUUCUUCGCCUGUGGUUGUGCAUAUCGGAGCAAUUUUAAUGGAUUAUUUGAUUAAUAUUAUGGGUUAUUUUGUGUGUGAGAGACAUGUUCGUGCUUCACUUUUACUUUAACUUUCAUCAGUCUGUUACUCAGCACUAAUUAGCUGACAUGAGAACCUGUGCUCCUCACUUUACGAAUGCAGCUUGCUAAUACCAGAUAGCUUAGCACUCCACCCUUUCCUGUAGUCGGGUCACUUGAGGAUGCGAUGUCACGUGGCUGUGUCCAUCUUUUAUUUGGUUUGGAUGAAAUGUGUCAGGACAUUAUUCAGUUUCCUUCAGCUUUAUUCAUAAAGCGUGAAAUCACAGCAGUAACCUCAACGUGCUUCAUAAAAUAAACUCUUCAACCUUUCCCAACUCUUUUACAGGAAGUGAUAGUGUUACAAGUUGACUGCAAAAUAAAUUUUCAAAAAUGUCAGUUUUAAAAACUACCGAUUUAUUUAUUUAUUUUGAGGAUCACCACAGAGAGCUCAGAAAUUAGCUUCAGUAAAAAACAAACAAACAAAAAACGCUGAUCCGUGUUAAAGUUCCCUACAAGGGGAGUGGGGCAGAUGUGGGUGUGGGUGUGACAGCUGACAGUGCUGCUCUGUGACGUGGAACACCGGGUGCAGCACGCUUACAACACCACACGCUCUUCUCUUUUCUUACUGUUCACAAUAGAUGAUCACGGUUCCCGGCCCGAGCCUGGAACACUGCCGCUUCAUACACAGAUUUGGGUUUCCUGGGAGGAGGGACGAUGCUGCAGGAGUCGUCAGUAGACAGCAGUGGCUCCAGGUUCGCUCCUCUGGUGGUGCUGGAGCUGGCCUCAGACACCAAGGAGGAGGCCAUUGCUUGGUUGCUGAGCAGGAUAAGAGACCGGCAACAGAAUGGAGGUGCUGAGCUGCUGGUGGAGCAGUUGGGACCUGGAAUCGGGUUGGAAGAGAAGGAAAACCCCAACAUGUUUUUGGUGGGGGCCUCCAUGCAGAGGCUGCUCUGUGGUGCAGAAGAUCUGGGGCUCUUUAAGGAGUGUACUGACGGGUCCAUGAGAGCCUUCACUUUUGCCAGCAAACACAACUUCAAAGAUUUUAAAGGGGAUGGAGACGGCUUCCUCAGUAUGGCUGAGUGUCAGUAUGUUAUCAAGCAUGAGCUGGACACGCUGCGAGCCAAAGAGGAGACUAAUGUUCCAGGAUACAGUCAUGCCAAGCUCUACCCUGGGAAAUCUAUCAUUCGCAGACUGCUCUCCAAAGGGAUCUUAAUCCAGAUGUUUCCUCUGCAUGAAAACGAAGAACUCAAGAGGCUUUCUUUUUCCUGGUAUAAAAAAGUGAAGGUGUCGCUUCAGCCUCUGGACGACAUCAGACACUACUAUGGUGAGGGCCAGGCUCUCUACUUUGGCUUCCUGGAGUACUUCACCUUUGCGCUGAUGCCUAUGGCCCUCAUUGGGGUGCCUUACUAUCUGUUUGACUGGGAGGACUAUGACAAAUAUGUAGUCUUUGCUGUCUUCAACUUGAUCUGGUGCACUGUUAUCUUGGAGUUAUGGAAGCGACGCAGUGCCUCACUAGCCUACUACUGGGGCACACUGUGCAGAAAAAAGGCCUUUGAAGAACCUCGGCCUGGAUUUCACGGCGUGCUUGGUCACAACCCUGUGACGGGACGUGCAGAGCCUAUCUACCCCACCUCCAAGAGGCACCUGCGUGUCUACCUUGUGUCUCUGCCCUUCGUCCUGCUUUGCCUCUACCUGUCCCUCUACAUCAUGAUGAUCUACUUCCAGAUGGAGGGGUGGGCUCUGUCCAUCUAUGAUGAGAACCCCACAUUCUGGACACACAUUCUGCUAUUCAUCCCUAGUAUCAUCUAUGCUGUGGUCAUAGAGGCGAUGAACCUUAUCUACAGAUAUGCUGCCGAGUUCCUCACUGAAUGGGAAAAUCACAGGCUAGAGUCUUCAUAUCAAAAUCACCUGGUGCUCAAAGUCUUGGUGUUCAACUUCUUCAACUGUUUCGCGUCGCUCUUCUACAUUGCCUUUGUCAUGCAGGACAUGGAGCUUCUCAGACAGAGUUUGGCAACCUUGUUGAUCACCAGUCAGAUCUUGAAUCAGUUCAUGGAGGCCUUCCUGCCCUACUGGCUGCAGAGGAGACGCAACAAAAAGAUGAUUCGCAAAAUCCAGAAGAGAAGACUGUACGAGGAGAAAGAGCUUCCGCUGGUAGAGCAGGUCCGGCUCGAGGCCGACAUGAGCACAUACUUGGGAACAUUUGAUGACUACCUGGAGCUCUUCCUGCUGUUUGGUUAUGUCAGUCUGUUCUCCUGUGUCUUUCCUCUGGCUGCUGUCCUUGUGGUGUUAAACAACAUCACCGAGGUUUACUCUGACGCCUUCAAGAUGUGCCGAGUGUUCAAACGACCCUUUGCCGACCCAGCUGCAAACAUUGGAGUCUGGCAGCUCGCCUUUGAAGCCAUGAGUGUGAUAGCUGUUGUGACCAACUGUGCACUGAUUGGCAUGUCUCCACAAGUCAGAUCCUACUUCCCCGAGUCAGAGACACAGCUCAUACUGUGUACAGUGGCUGCUGAGCAUGUACUGCUGGGCUUCAAGUUCAUUCUGACCUUCCUCAUCCAAGAUGUUCCCAAACACAUCCAGGACAAACUGGCCCGUCUGGAGUUUGAAUCAUUGGAGGCCCUCAAGAAGAAGAGACAGCUCCACGGAGGAAAAUGCUGGAAGCCUCGCAGCUCAGUAAGACUGUCCAGUGAGGAGGAUAGGUGUGCCUGCAGAUACUGAUGAUGACACACUGUGGUUUACAUUACCGUUCUGAACCUCGCUCUACAUGUGUAUGUAUUCACAAGAACAAAAGUGUUACCUUUGGAGUUGCGUGGCUGUUGUUUCCCCCAUUCCCUCACACUGGCUUGCACUGUUAAUCUGCAAUAUCUUCACUGCACCAUUGACUAGUUGUACAGUUUUGUGAAGCAUACAUGAUGGUUGAUUCAGGUUCAUUGCUGUGUACCAAAUGUUAUACGUUGCUCUUUAAAUUGGAUGUACUAUAAUGUUUUGUGUUGCAGUGGUGUGUGUACAGGAGAUGAGAUAAAUGCGACAGAUGUUCAAAUCACAGAGGGAUGCUGUACACAUGAUAUACUGUAGAAAAUAACAAUUUUAUAUCCAAAUCUUUUCAUUAAGUAAUUUCUGUUAUGUUCUGUUCUUCUGCCGCUGAAGUCACUUCGGGUUUGGUUCAGUGUUCAAGUGUUAAACUUUGUGAACUGCAGUUAGAAUAAAUAAGGAGUUCUAAGCCUUCAGGAUGUAAUAACUAAUAAUCAACUGACCUGAUUGUAUCUCGCCUCAACAAUCUAAUCUGCUUUUUAUCCUCAGCACAGCAAGUAUGGAGGCAAAAAAGGCCAAAAAGAUCUAAAGGUUCAAUGCAGCCAUCGACACACUCAAUGAUGUGGAUUUGAUCCUGAUGUAAUUAGUUUGGUCUGUAACAUGGCAAAACUCUAAAUUACCUUCACACAUCAACUCACACAGAAGUCUUUAAAAGUAAAGUUUAGAAUGCGCAUUUAUCAACAUGACCGGUUCUUCAGUAAAUGUUAGAUCUCACAAUAUGAUCCAUGUCUUGGCCUUCCUUUGCUUCCAUACCCAAGAGAUGUUAUAGAGCAGUCUUAGAGCAGGAUAUGUUUUCAAUGCACUCUUAUGAAACUCCCAGGUGCCUUGGAAUGCAAUGCAGUCCCAAAUAUUUGCUUUUAUAUGCUCUAUUUACAUGGCAAAAAACAUGUAACACCAGAUUUGAAUAGUCCAAUGCUCGAAUAAAGUCACAACCAAAGAAA